GCAGUUUUCUGUCGAACGCACAAACAAAACCUCCCAACGCUAAAACUGCCUGCUACUCUCUCUGUAUAUACUCUGUCUCUUUCCUUCUUUAACGCUCAUUCUAAUGGCACUACUCUCUAUACCAUCACCUACCGCUUCUUUCUCUCCUUUUCCCUUUUUGUUUUUGUUAUCAGUUGUCCAUUAUUCGCCAGUCUUAACUUUUUCUGUGUAUUCAAGCACUUGCUUUUUAGGAUUCUGUUGAUGGUACAUUUCGAUUUCAAUCUCUCAGUUCUUGGUGUUUUGAGCAAUCAUCAUUUCUGGGUUUUCUUCUGUAAUUCUGUUCAUUUACUGGAUAUGCUUCCUUUGUUCUCUUCACUUGUCUACUGCCACCAAAAUAGCAACUUUUGAUAAAAUAUCCCCAUUAAAGUGCAAAACUUCAGAUAACUUGACAUUUCCUGAACUGGGUCUUUUGUAAUAGUGUCUGUCAUCUGCAAUUAUCUUGAAUCCAAUUGGGGAGUCAAGAACCGUAGUUAAUGACUUCUUUUUUUUCUCUUUGGUUUUAGGAGAAUAGAAAAGAUUGUUUUUUUUCGGUUUGAUGGAACACAAUGGUUUGUCUGGUGGGAUAUUUUCAGGCAUGGGGUCAGGAAUGCUAGGACUAGAAAUGCCACUACACCAACAACAGAACCCUCAAAACCCACAAAAUUCACACCACUUGCACCACCCACAAAUGGUAGCCUAUGCCCACCAUGACUCUGAUCAUCACCUACAGUCCCAACAACAAACUUUGAAACACUCUUACCCAUAUGCCUCCUCAACUUCAAGAGAAAAGCCACAAUCACCACUCAGUGAUGAAGAUGAGCAUGGUUUCACUGGAGAUGACAGCACCAGUGAUGGGAAGAGGAAGGUAUCUCCAUGGCAAAGAAUGAAGUGGACUGAUAGCAUGGUUAGGCUUCUUAUAAUGGCAGUCUUCUACAUUGGUGAUGAGGCUGGAUCUGAAGGGAAUGAUCCUACAGGAAAGAAAAAGCCAGGUGGGUUGUCACAGAAGAAAGGGAAAUGGAAGUCAGUUUCGAGGGCAAUGAUGGAGAAAGGAUUUUAUGUAUCUCCACAACAGUGUGAAGAUAAAUUCAAUGACUUGAACAAGAGGUAUAAGAGGGUUAAUGAUAUUCUUGGCAAAGGAACUGCUUGCAAGGUUGUGGAGAAUCAAAGCUUGCUUGAGACCAUGGAUUUGUCACCAAAAAUGAAGGAAGAAGUGAAAAAAUUGCUGAAUUCUAAGCACUUGUUUUUCAGAGAAAUGUGUGCUUAUCAUAACAGUUGUGGUCAUGGCUCAAGUGGGGUUGCUUCUGGUACUAAUCACUCACCUGAAGUAGCUACAGAUCAAUCUCAUUCUCAGCAUCCACAAGCAUCUCAUGGUCAGCAACAAAGGUGUUCUCAUUCAUCUGAAAAUGCACAAUUUAUGACCAAUUCGAGGAAUGAAACAGAGGGGUCCAAAAUGGCAAAAAGGGUAAGCAAUGAAGAAGACGAUGAAGAGGAUGAUGAUGAGAGCGAGGAGGAUGAGGAUGAUUAUGAUGAGGACGAGGAUGAGGCAAUAGAAGGCAAUUCAAGGGGUCAAAAUGGGCAUGGACACGAGGAUGAAGAUGAACACGAGGAGAAAGGUUCAAGAAAAAGACGAAGAACAGGAGUGUUCUCUUUAGUAUCAUCUUUGAUGCAGCAAUUGAAUAGUGAAUUGGCGAGUGUAGUCCAAGAUGGAGCAAGGAGUACAUGGGAAAAGAAGCACUGGAUGAAGAUGAGAUUGAUGCAAUUAGAAGAGCAGCAAGUGAGCUACCGCAGCGAAGCAUUUGAACUAGAAAAGCAAAGGUUGAAGUGGGUGAAAUUUAGCAGCAAGAAAGAGAGAGAAAUGGAGAGAGCAAAACUAGAGAAUGAAAGGAGAAGACUUGAAAGUGAAAGAAUGGUACUUCUCAUACGCCAGAAAGAGCUUGAAUUGCUUGAUCUUCAUCAACAGCAACAACUUUCUUCAAACAAAAGGAGUGAUCCAUCUUCCAUAACAGGAUGAAUUGUAUUAGUUUCAUAGGUGAAAAUAGUUUUUAUGCUUUUGUUUUUCUCAGUUCAAAUAGAUGUAAAUACUUGUUUUGUUUUGCUUCUUUUGAAUACAUCUUCAGUGAUGACAA